GCAGUCUGUUUAUCUGCAUAUGUGCUAUAUAAAUGCAGUCAAUGGUUAUCUUAAUUUGUGCUGCAAUACUUACCUGCAUAUUAGCUGUAGUCAUACCACUGUGGGUAUGGUAGGGGGGUUAAACUAGAGCAGGCUUUAGUCAUCUCGAUAUGGAAAUAUUGGGGCUCAUUUACUGAUAUUUGUCUGGCCAUAUUGGCUGAUGCCUCCCUGUUUUACAUUACAAUUCAAAUGCAAACUGCAAACAAGUUUCCAGAUUCACGGAAUUCGUAGAUACGCACGGACAUUCAUGAUGAAAAAAUGUAGCCAGUUUUAUUUGUAUAACAAAAAAUUUGAACUUGCUAACUUUAUUAUUAAGCAGACGUCGUGAGUCAAGAGAGCAACUGAGUCUAUCACUUUGCUUGUGAAUUCAGCUGGAAAAAAUGAAAAAUCAUUCAACGAUAAGUAAAUGAUGCACAUGAGCAUGACAAUUUCAUGUAUCGUUGGCACAGGUGCCUGGCUGUUGUAAUGUGCCUGGCUUAAAUGUUUUAUGUUUGAAUCACAUAAAAUCUAUAUCCAUGUAUUUCAAAGUAAAAAAAAAAAACAUUCUUUCACUCAAAACAAUUUUACUCAGUUAUUCAAUGUUUGCACACACUCCAGAUAUUUGCACAAUAAAAUAAAAAUAAAAAAAACAGACAAAAGAUUGUUACAUUAAAAGUAAGUUCUGUGACAAAAAUAGCCAGUAUGUCGCUUCGGGUAAGCUGCCUGUCUACACCUACAACUGCAGCACAUUUUUCAACUUACAAUGGGAUGAAGAAACCGUCCCAUCAUCCUUCAAGAUAAAACGCCUACUUUUUGGCCUACAUAGAAAUUAGCACCUGAGUUUAUUUUAAUCAGACAGACCCAGUUUAAACCAUUAAAUGGACUGCUCAUCUUUUCAAGACAAUAUGAAUCGGUAUACCUAGUAUGUAUUGUUAUAAUGUACGCGUUUUUCAACGGUAGAUACAAAAAGUAUUUGUAGAGGACACAUGUAAUCAAGGUAAAUUAUCACAGAUGACCAAACUGAAACACCAACCAGGAACUUUUGCGUGAGGCUGAAAACCAGUACAUAUCAGUGCUGAAAACAGGUCAGUGAAGGCAAGAGGAAGUGAAGAGUCAUUUUACGUCACAAUGACGUUUUCUGUGUAUACGGAAGUAUUGUCUGAAACCGAAGAGGGAGCAGGAGCUGGUCAAGAAGAGUGAAAUUCGGACCGUGAAAUUAAAAAGAAAGCAGCCCUCCCUGUGCCUCUCUCUCUCUGCGGGUGAGUGAGGGAUGUGACCAUGGGCCAGGCCUUGUGCGUGUGCUCACGGAGCGCCAUCACCAUCGAAAACAAGAGAUACUACUUCAUCCAGAAACUGGACGAAGGGGGCUUCAGCUAUGUGGACCUGGUGGAAGGGGCGCAGGACGGGCGAUUCUACGCCCUGAAGAGGAUCCUGUGCCACGACCGGGAGGCGCGGCAGGAGGCGCAGACCGAGGUGGAGAUGCACCGCCUGUUCAGCCACCCCAACGUCCUGCCGCUCGCCGGCCACGCCUUCCUGGAGCGCGGCGGGAAGAGCGAGGCCUGCCUGCUGCUGCCCUUCAUCAGCAGAGGCAGCCUCUGGUCUGUGCUGGAGAAGCUGAGGGACAAGAACAGCUUCAUGCCGGAGUCUCGCGUUCUGCACAUCCUCCAUGGAAUCUGUGCGGGACUGAAGGCCAUUCAUGACAAGGGCUACGCGCACAGGGACCUGAAGCCCACUAACGUUCUCCUGGAGGAGGACGACCGCGCCCUGCUGAUGGACCUGGGCUCCAUGAACCGCGCGCGCAUCGAGGUGCGCGGCUCGCGCGAGGCCAUGACCGUGCAGGACUGGGCGGCUCAGAGAUGCACCAUCUCCUAUCGAGCUCCCGAGCUUUUCAGCGUGGAGAGCCACUGCAUCAUCGACGAGCGCACGGACAUCUGGUCUCUGGGGUGCGUGCUGUACUGCAUGAUGAUGCUGGAGGGGCCGUUUGACCUGGUGUUCCAGAAGGGCGACAGCGUGGCUCUGGCUGUGCAGAACCCCGUCAGCAUACCCCAGCCCUGCAGGUAUUCCCAAGGCCUCCAGACUCUGCUGAGCUCCACCAUGGUGUCCAACCCCCAGGAGCGGCCCGACGUCAGCUGGGUCCUGGACCAGGUUCGGCACCUGCAGACCCUGGAGCCGGCGGCCAGCGCCAACAUGGUAUGAUGGUUCUGCAGAGGGACCCUGCGUCUGGUUCCUCUCCCCGCAUCAGCAGGACACACCCCCUCCCCCCGCCACUCCCCCCCCCCCCCCCCACACUCUGUAGCAUGGCUGUCCAGAAUCCUCCUGGUCUUACAGAUACAAAAAAACAAGGCAUGUACUUUCACAGAAAUGAAGGGAGGAAAUGGAGCUUUACUUUCGUUUAUAAACUUGGUUGGAUGAGUGUGAAUAAUCACCGUUGCUGGACUCUGGAACUCUGGGUAAUUUCACACUUGCUUGCUGCUCAGGAGGUCGACGGAUCGAACAGACCCCCGAAAAGGAAACGAAUAUUUGGACUUUGAGUCACGUUGUUGCGCUUGUACCCUCUGCCAUCUGUGCUCUGUCACCAGGACUCGUCGCGUAGCCAUGGAAACUGCGGUACAGAACGCCGGGCCAGCACUGGCAACGCAGACCGUAAUCCUGCUGGUGUCUCAGGACGGUCCUUCUGUGCGUUUGAUUAUAGGACCACGUGAAGACAUCCGCACUGCACUGUCUGCUGAGGAAAUGGCAGUGAAUUGUGGGUAAAUCUCUGUAAAUAUACAUUUAAUGGCCUCUAACGAGGGAGAGAGUGAAGGUUAAUGCCCAGCACUGAGAAGGCCAGCACGCGCUGUUUGAAAAAAACGAUAGUAAUGAAGGAGAUGGAUGGACCGGGGGCAAUGGAAGGAAGCAUGUGGUAGUGUGGGCUGGUUGCUAAGGGAACGCAGUGCACUGCCAGCCUCUUCAAACCGACGCAGCCGCAGGCGGUAGUAGGUUGAGUGGGAGUGAAGCCGAAACUGGUUGGCGGUUUUGGCGCCUUACGGUUAUGAAGACGCUGCCGCCUCUGAAGUCCUCUCCCCUCUCUUCUUCCCAGCAUGCAUUAGUCACUGCCACUGCUGGAAACGCCUCUCCUAUCACCAUGAUACUUACUGUAAUGGAGUUUAAUUUUUUAGAACCUGCCAGAUUGAAACAUUUUUUGGGAUCUAUUGAACGUGGGUAUUUCCCUGUUUUCGUUUUAAGCGUGGCUCUGUGAACGCAUGGCCUCCAACAGGCCUCAUGGGUCUGUCAGCACGUUUUUGGACUUUUAAAUAUAUUAAGUGAAUUACACUCUCUAAUAAAGACCCUUGGAUAUUAUUUAAUUGCUCUAGUAGGUCUCAGUUUCUGGGGAGAAAAAGAGUGAUUUAGCUCCUUGGUGUGUGUCCUGGCCCUCACACGACCAACAGAGAGAAACUAAGCUUAUACCGAUCGUUUCCCCUCCGCCCCUUCCAGGGUUUGGAGUCUCUCAGUUUCGGGUUGCAGUUCGGCUGCGUGUCGCAGGUUAGCCGCAGCCUGGCUUCACUCUGACAGUCUUAGGUUAGCUGAUCGCAGUCAGACCCAUGGCAUUGUGUUGAAUGUGGGUUACCCACGCAUUUGGUACGUUUUACAGAUUGACAAAUUAAAAAAAAAAAAUAAACAGAUUUUUUUUUAUCUGAGGAGGAACCUACCUGGUUUAUUUCUCUUGGUUUUUCAGUUUUUAAUUAGUCUCAUAUCAGGAGUCUCCCCUUGGUCGCAGGGAUAACCUUUUUAGGAAGAGUUUUAAAGAUAUGCCAUUUUCCAGACUGGAGAUUUGAGGUACUAGAGAUUAUUAAAAUAGUUUUAUCUGGGCAUUAUGUCUCUAGAGAGACUCAACUUUGUGGGACGAAACAGGUCUCCGUCUGUCUGAUGUGUAAUAUUCCUACUGUAACGUGUAAUGCUUUGUGAUGCAUUGUCUGUAAUCAGUGCUAACCAUGUAAUGACAUGGCUGCUAGCGUUGUUACCGGGAGGAGAUUUAGCUGAACGAAAUCAAAAGGUCAGAUGUAAAGGAUCUUCAGUAUAAUGAAAUAUUUCAUGUGUGUAAUUAUUAUUUUUUUAUUUCCAGUUAUGUGCUUUAAUUAAACAUUUAUUUGGCCUUGUG